AUGGAAGGUUUAAAUGGUGGUGCUGUUAAGUCAAAUUUGUUGAAUCCCAAUGAGUAUAGAGUUAAAGACCUGUGGCUUGAUGAGAGUAGAAGUUGGAACAUUCGUAGGGUCCGUGAGCUGUAUGGGCAAGACUUGAGUGAUAAAAUAUGUAAUUUACCGAUUGGGGACGAGAAUCAUAAUGAUAUAAUGGUAUGGUUCCACAACUCUUUAGGCUCGUUCACGUCAAAGUCGGUUUACUCAUGGCUGUUGUUGAAACAAAUGGGUUUUGGUCCCCAUAGGUUCUUGUGGAAAGCAUUAUGGAAGCUCGACACCAUCCCUAAAAUUCUUGUGUUUACCUGGCGAGUGGGACAUGAGAUUCUUCCAACCAAUGUUAAGAUUGCUUCCGUUCGGCGUGGCUUUGGUCAAGAAUGUCCCAGGUGCGGUGCUGAGUAUAAAACUCUUAUACAUGCCCUUAAAGAUUGCCCUACUUCGAGGGCAAUUCUCUCUAUUGGUGGUCUGGAUAAGAGUAUCAUCUCUAAGGAUUAUAAAUGCUGUAUCGACUGCCUGGAAGUGCUGGAUAGAAGAGCGAUGGCUGACCUCCUGACUGCUUUGUGGAAUUGUUGGAAUAAUAGAAACAACUUCUUUUUCAGGGCAAAGGAAGAAGAGGCGCAGGUUGUUAGGGGUAAGGACAGUAUGAUUAGUAAAGAUUUCCGCAUUUGUAAUUUGUUGAAUGAGUCACUGCUUUCCUCUCAGCUUGUCGCUAAAAAAAGGGAAAAACCUCCUAAGGGCCAUGUUAAAAUAAAUUUUGAUGCGUCGAUUUCUUAUAACAGAGUUGGCUAUGGCGUAAUUAUUAGGGAUGAAGAUGGUUUUGUGUUGAGAGGUGGUGGGGGUUUUAAGGACAUGCAGUUGUUGGUGGAUGAAGCUGAAUGGUACGCGUUUGACGAGAGCAUUAAGCUGGCGUGUAAACUCAAUAUUAAAGGGGAUGUGAUCUUUGAGUCGCAUGCCUAG